AUGUACUUGCGCCGUUUUCUCUUGGUUUCAAGUUCUCAUCUUUCGCAUCGGGUCUGUUCAAGGGUCGCUGGUCCGGCUAGGAAGAGGACUUGUACAACCAUCUCUGGUCCGGCGCUGGCUAGCGUCGAGGCCUCUGUUGCUGCUCCAUCCUCAGCGGCUGGCUUCAAGGCUGUGUCACUAUUAUCGACAAGCGAUGGAUCCUCAGAUUCUGCUAAGAAGGAGAAGGCCAAGGAGGCAGCCAAAACGCAGAGGAAGAAGAGGAAUAUGUUCGAGGAACAACUUGAGAAUCGUCGAGUGACGAGAGUAAAACAAACGUUAAAUGCUUUGAGGAGGAGGGAGAAGGAAUACGGAGUUUCCAUCACUCAAGCAGAUCUCGUUCGUUGGGCUAGGCGUCUCGACAAGGACGGAAAACAUCAUCACGCUUACGAGAUGUUUGAGUGGAUGGAGGAAAAGAAAAUGACAUUUUCUCCCUCUGAGCUUGCAACCUUUGUGGGUCUUAUUGAAAAGACUAAAGACUUGGGUGAGGCUUUUGCCUACUUUAAGAAAGCAGACCCAGACUUUGACAACAUGGACGUGAAGUCCAAGAAUUGGCCUGCUUACAAGGUGCUCAUGAAAUGCUACUGUGACAGUGGUGUUCAUGCCCGUUUUGUUUGA